ACAUGUUAUUAUGAACAGAUUCGGUUGCUGUUAGUAGUGCGGUUCAAAUUGUAUUUUCGGCUAUAAUCAAUCGCCUGAAAUUACCAUAAAUAUUUACUCAAUUUCAUUUUAUCAAUGCGACCCAAUGUACCGAUAGUGUAUGUGUGUUUUUGUGUCAUUUAAUCUAUCUAUUGUACACUUCAAAUCAUGAAGCUAAAAAUGAUUUGAUAACAGAAUUAUAAUAUAUAAAUUAGUAUAAGAAAAGGUUGUGAUAUUCGUACACCGCACACAUGUAAAUCGAUGUUCGAAAUAUACUCAUCACAGAAAAAAAAAAGAUUGGAAAAGAAAUCUUCAAUCAAUGUGUAAAAAAGUAUCAAUAAAGAAAUGUUAGUGCAACUUUAGUGCAUUGAUUAAGCUGAUGAACAAAACGAAUUGACUUUCAUGAAUGGUAAGCAAUGUCAACGAUAACUGAAAUGUGUCUGUUAUUCUUGUUGUUAAACAGCUGAAUAGUGUUAAAGCUCCCAUUCAAUACAAGUUAUAUUGUAAAUAAAAAGUGGAAAAAGUUACCGAUUUGACAUUGAAACGUAAUAUAACUGCAUAAUAUACGUAAUAAUACAACACGGUGUGGUUCGCAAUUCAACGGGGGAAAAAAUCGCAAACUCUCCACCAUAAGAUUUUCCAACUCAAGAGUUCGUCUUAACUCGAUAAUAUUUUGCGCAUUUUGCAACACACUUGAAUCUCAAAAUGGUUACACAUCUGAAAUUGAUGGUCGUACUGCUACUGCUUAUACAUGGUAUUCCAGCGAAUGGCUAUCGUAUAUUAGGCAUUUUCAUACAUAUUGGUGGCAGUCACUUCCACACAUUUUAUCCGAUUAUGAAUGGUCUCGCCCAAAAUGGGAACGAUGUAACGGUUUUGUCGUAUUUCCCAGUGACCGAUUCACAUGCAAAUUACAAACAAUUUAUAUUCGAUGGGAUUCCAGUGAUAAACUCAUCAAUAAAUCUGAAUGAACUCCCACCACCAUCUCGCUCGAUGUACACACUCAUUCAUGAGUUCUACGAGUUAGCUGCUGAGGGAGAUUUGGUGUGCCAGGCAGCGUUGAACUCAUCUCUUAUCGACGAUAUACUACGAGUUCAUCAGAAUAAUCCGUUUGACUUGGUCGUAACGGAAAUAUUUAACACUGAGUGUAUGUUGGGUGUUAUCCAUAAAAUGAACGUUCCGUACGUGGGGUUAACGAGCUGUGGACUGUUUCCCUAUCAUUUUGAUCGAGUCGCCAUGCCGGAUACUCCAUCCUAUAUAACUUCGAUCUACGUCGGUUCUUCCGAUGAAAUGAACUUUUAUGAAAGGCUGUUGAAUUGGAUGUCAAUGAAAGUAUUUAAACUUAUGUACCGAAUGGUCGAAGAACAAGACAAUCGACUAUUGAAAGCCAAAUUCGGCGAUGGAAUACCGGACGUUCAUGAUCUUGCCAAGAACAUACAACUACUCCUGACCAGUCAACAUUUUUCAAUGAGCGGUUCCCGUCCAUUAUCGCCGCAAGUUGUAGAAAUCGGCGGCAUCCAUAUUCAGCCGGAAAAGGAAAUUCCUUCGCGAUUCAAAAGUGUUCUGGACAAUUCACCACAAGGAGUCAUUCUGAUUAGCUGGGGAUCACAUUUGAAUGCGUCCAGUAUGCCGGCAAGUAAACUGGCUAGUAUUCAAAGCGCAUUGAAACGACUGAAUUACCAAGUUAUAUGGAAAUGGGAAUUGGAUGUGAUGCCUCGCAAACCGAAUAAUGUCCUCAUUUCACGAUGGUUACCACAAAGAGAUUUACUGUGUCACCCGAAUGUACGAUUAUUCUGGUCGCAUGGCGGGAAUUUAGGUACAACGGAGUCGGUCUGGUGCGGAGUCCCAGCUCUCAUCACACCAUUUUACGGUGAUCAAUUUGUCAACUCUGCUUAUCUGAAAAAGCGUGGAAUGGCCGACACAUUAUUAUAUGAAGACCUAGAUGAACCAGAUAGAGUAUAUGAUGCGUUACUGAAACUACUCAAUCCUAGGUAUGCAGAACGAGCCAAAAUAGUAUCCUCGAAUCUGCGAAAUCGUCCGAUGACACCAAGUGAAACAGCCGUUUGGUGGAUUCAGUACAUUUUAGCGAAUGGUAGUGAAUUUAUCAAAUCACCCGCAACAGAUAUGUCGUGGUUUGUUUAUUACUCGUUGGAUGUUGUCUUUGUGUUAAGUUGCAUAUUUGUCCUUGCUGUUUAUAUUAUUGUUCUGCCUCUGAAAGUAUUGAUUAAGCGAGCUAGCCGCUCUAAGGUUGAUAGUAAGAAGAAAGACUGAAGAUCGUACUUAUCAUUUAUCCCUGAUUCUCUCCCAUCUACUCUCCAUCUAUUUAAGAGUCAAUUCGCAAAAACUUCGAACAGUCGAGAUUCAAGCCGACGGCGAUCCAAAUGAGCUAUGGCUCAAACGAAUCAUCGUUCCAUUCUGAGAAUUUCGUGGAACAACUUUUUUCUCGAAAAUUUUUUGUUGUGGCCCUUAGACAAUUUUUCUCCGGAGUAGUCGCGAAAAUUGUUUUUUAUCAAUAACUCCAGGUGUUAUGAUCUUAUGCGAGAUGUGAAUAAAGUCAAAUUGUGUAUGUUUAUGAAGGUCGAUGAGGGGAAUAUUAUUGACCAACAGACAACGAUGUCCGACCCACCAACCGCCGCAACAAGUAAAAAACCCUUGAAAAAACUGAAAUUUUUGAAGUGUUCUGGGCGGCUGGGGAAGCAAGUAGCAGGAAGCUCUUUCCUUGAGUUUUGUAGUUUACUUCACGUCCUAUCCAUUGACACCCCACAUGACCAUACUUACCGUCACAGAUAGAAAUGGAGUUGAUUUUUCACAACCCAUUAAAUUCUGGAAAAUGAUCGAACUUUCACGUUUUCUAAAUAACGUUUUUCGAGCGACUUCAUCAAAAUUGUAUUUUUUAUAGUUUUACUAGAUAAAGUAAUAGAUGAAAUAGUAAAACUAACGUGAUAGAGCCAGAAGACGUGUUCUAGAUUUUUUUUGAAGAGAACAAACUGACGAAACGAAUCAAAAUUCUUAGAUUAAAAAUUUUCGAGAAAAAAAGUUGUUCCACGAAAUUCUCAGAAUGGAACGAUGAUAGCUCGUUUGGAUCGCCGUCGGCUUGAAUCCCGAUUCCAUAUAAGCUGUUCGAAAUUUUGGCGAAUUGACCUUUAAAAGACUCCGAACAGUAGGGAUCCAAACCGACGGCGAUCCAAACGAACUAUGGCUCAAAUGAAUCGUCGUUCCAUUCUGAAAAUUUUGUGGAAAAUCGUUUUUAUCGUACACUGUCACAGAAAGAAAUGGAGUUGAUUUUUCACAAUGCAUCUCAGCUCAUCAAAUUUUGGAAAAUCGUCGAACUUUGACGUUCCCCUAAUAAUGUUUUUCGAGCGACAUCAUCAAAAUUGUAUUGAACUAACUUCAGCAGCCGACCUUCAAAAAUUUCAGUUUUUUCCAAGUUUUUCACUUGUUGAGGCAGCUGGGUGGACCGGACAUCGGCGAUUGUUGGUCAACAAUAUUCACCUUAUUGACCUUCAUAAAUGUGCACAAUUUGACAUUAUUCAUAUCUUGGAGUUAUUGAUAACAAACGAUUUUAGCGACCACUUCGGAGAAAAUUUUUCUAAGAGCCAUGACAGCACAAUAAGAUUUUUUCGGGAAAAAAGUUGUUUCAUGAACGACGAUUCAUUUGAGCUAUAGCUCGUUUGGAUCGCCGUCGGCUUGAAUCCAGAUUCCGUAUAAUUUGUUUGAAGUUUUGGCAAAUUGACUCUUAGGACCUAGACAACAUUGCUCAAUUUAUUUCUUGAUACGUUCAAAGGAAUUUCAAGUCAGGAAUUCGGGAAUCCAAAGAUUAAGCCACUGCAAACCUUGUAGACCUAGAAGCACUGCUGCUAUGCCCUGAUAGCGAAAGCGACGACAAAUAUAAUCGAUAAGUCUUAGAUAAGUCUUAUAACAUAUUUUUGUAAAACUUUCCACAAAAAAGUCUCUGCCAGAGUUGGGCCAAGCUAGGCUUUCGCUCUUUUAUGUUUUGUAAAAUAUUUGAUAUUUAGAGUCAACAUUUCUGAUGGCGUUCAAAGGCAAGACUUUUCCUUGCAACUCCACUAACACUCCUAAGUCGAACCAAAAUUUUUGCUUCGUUGAGGAAAUUUUAGAUGUCGACGUCUUAGGAAAAAAUGUUAGCGGAACAACUGCAAGGAACAACUUUGCCUUUAAACGUCCUAAGAAAUUUUAGAUCUAAAUUUUCCAAUACAAAAAGUAGCGUACGACUAGUGCAGUACAUCCCUAAUCACUGGUAAAAUUCUUUUUAAAGCAAAUGAAGUAAAAGAUUUAAACUCAAUCUGUCGAAAAUAAAUACUUUGUCAAAAGAAGUAGCAGAUUUGAUAAUAAUAUUGAUGAUAUCCUUGUGCAACCGUAAAAUGUUUAGCAUUUCACUGCAAUUAUGAGUAAUACUUUCUUUGAUGUAUGUUCUGCCUCUUUUGAAAGGCAACAUGACAGAGCUGCACAUUAACAACACGAUCUCGUAAACAAACGUGUGUUAUGCAUGUAUCCCAGACAACCCAAUCCUAUCACGAUUUGCAUCAAUGGUAAUAUAUAUCGAAUCACUCAAUAAUCUAAUGUUACUUCAUAAAAACCAGUCCGACGUCACCAGGAAUAGUGUACGUACAUCUAUCCCCACACCCAGCCAUCAUUAUUGAAGCACAAAAUUCCGAAUCUCGUCAUCUGUGUCUGGACAUCUAUUAAUCAAGUCACGUUUUGAAAACGUAAUCAAUAUAAACUAUAACCGAAACACAAACUAUAUACCAAACAGUAAAACCAAGUAUAGUAUACACAAACCACUAAUAAAAUGUACAUAAUUCUGGUGCAAAUCCCUUAUUUUGAAUAGUUUAAAAGGCACGUUUCGUCGACCACAUAUGAUACCCGGUGUCGUACGAAAAUGUUUUUUUUUCCUGGGUAGCUUUUCAUGUGUGGAUCUAUCCGCACAUAUGCAUUUAAACACUCAUAUCUAGAAUACAAUAGUUCCACAUGGAUUGUGUAUCAAACUACUGGGUGUAUAUGUUGUGUGUUGUGCGAUGCUGGGAGAGAGGAUGGAUAUAUUCGGUUUUCAGAAUAUUAUUUGUUGGGUUAUAUUAAUG